CCAGAAAAGAAGCCCAGUUUUCAAUUGCUUAGCCAAAGCUUCCCUUCUCUCUCUCUCUCUCUCUCUCUAGAGCUUCUUUUUCUUUCUCUUUCCACACUUGCGAUCUCUGCAACUCUGCAGCUCUACCUCUUCCCUCGCAUUGCUUUUCUAUCUGGGCCUGUUCCUAGAAUUCACCUACCCUUUUUGAAUUCAGUUUCCAGUGAGCAGGCUAGUAUACCCUCCCUUGAUUGAGUCAUGUGGUGCUACCAUUGAUUUGAGCUCAUCAUCCAAGGGAGUAAGUGAAAAUGGCUGGAGGAAAAAUAAGGGCAAAGAUUAGCAGGAGCAAUUUGUACACAUUUUCAUGUCUCCGGCCACAAGCUGCUGAAGAAGAGGGGCCUCAUCCAUUAGGCCCGGGUUAUUCACGGGUAGUCCGUUGCAACCAACCCAAACUUCAUGAAGUGAAGCCUCUCAAGUACUGUUCAAAUUAUAUAUCAACCACCAAGUACAAUGUCUUAACGUUCCUACCUAAGGCUAUCUUUGAGCAAUUCAGGCGUGUUGCCAACUUGUACUUUCUUCUGGCAGCAAUCCUUUCACUCACGCCAGUUUCACCAUUCUCAGCUCUUAGUAUGAUAGCUCCUUUAAUCUUUGUUGUUGGCUUGAGUAUGGCCAAGGAAGCCUUGGAAGACUGGCGGCGGUUCAUCCAGGAUAUGAAGGUCAAUCUCCGGAAAGCUAGUGUCCACAAAAUGGAUGGCAUUUUUCGGCCUCGACCAUGGAUGAAGAUUCGGGUUGGAGACAUUGUGAAAGUGGAAAAGGAUCAAUUUUUUCCAGCAGAUUUACUUCUUUUAUCAUCUAGUUAUGAAGAUGGGAUCUGUUAUGUGGAAACAAUGAACUUAGAUGGAGAGACCAACUUGAAGGUCAAAAGAGCUUUGGAGGUUACCUUACCCUUGGAAGAUGAUGAGUCUUUCAAAGACUUCAGAGCAACCAUAAAAUGUGAAGAUCCCAAUCCCAAUCUUUACACUUUUGAGGGUAACCUUGAAUAUGACCGUCAAACCUAUCCCCUUGACCCUAGUCAGAUUCUCCUCAGAGAUUCAAAGCUUAGGAAUACAACUUAUGUAUAUGGAGUGGUGAUAUUCAGUGGUCAUGACAGCAAAGUUAUGCAGAACUCUACAAAGUCUCCCUCAAAAAGGAGUAAGAUAGAAGUGCAAAUGGACAAAAUUAUUUAUAUCCUUUUUACUCUCCUUCUGUUGAUCUCCUUAGUUAGCUCAGUGGGGUUUGCUGUGAAGGCGAAGUUCCAGAUGCCAGACUGGUGGUAUUUACAUCCUGAGGACAAAGAGAAUGUUUUUUACAAUACAUCCAGACCUGCAUUGUCCGGCAUUUUCCAUCUUGUCACUGCCCUUAUAUUAUAUGGAUACUUAAUACCCAUUUCCCUCUAUGUCUCCAUUGAAAUUGUCAAGGUGCUACAAGCUCUGUUCAUUCAUCGGGACAUUCAUAUGUAUGAUGAAGAGUCUGGAACUCCUGCUCAAGCAAGAACGUCAAAUUUAAAUGAGGAGUUGGGGCAGGUUGACACAAUCCUCUCUGACAAAACCGGUACUUUGACAUGCAACCAAAUGGAUUUUCUCAAAUGCUCAAUUGCUGGUACUGCAUAUGGAAAGCGUGCUAGUGAUGUUGAACUUGCAGCUGCCAAGCAAAUGGCCAUGGAAUUUGAUGAGAUGGACCCUGAAAGAAAAUCUAAUGGAAAUGGUUUUGGUGCAUCAGAAAUUGAGUUAGAGACACCUACUUCUGGUAAAGAUGAAAAUGACCAAAAACCUGCAAUAAAGGGAUUUAGCUUCCAGGAUAGCCGACUCAUGAAUGGAAAUUGGUUAAAUGAGCCAAAUGCAGAUUUCAUUUUGUUAUUCUUCAGGAUACUGUCAAUCUGUCACACAGCAAUACCUGAACUACAUGAGGAGACUGGUAGCUUCAAUUAUGAAGCAGAGUCACCAGAUGAAGCUGCAUUUCUCAUUGCAGCUAGAGAAUUUGGCUUUGAGUUUUGUAAAAGAACUCAGUCAAGCAUAGCUGUUCGUGAGAGAUAUCCUUCUUAUCUAAAACCCAUUGAAAGGGAAGUCAAACUUCUCAAUCUGUUGGACUUCACAAGCAAGAGGAAGAGAAUGUCUGCUAUUGUUCAGGAUGAGGAUGGACAGAUUUUACUCUUAUGCAAAGGAGCAGACAGCAUCAUCUUUGAUAGAUUAGCGAAAAAUGGGAGAAUGUUUCAGGAAGCUACAGCAAAGCAUUUGAAUGAAUAUGGGGAAGCUGGGUUGCGUACACUUGCACUUGCGUACAGAAAGCUUGAUGAGGCUGAAUACUCUGCUUGGAAUGAAGAGUUUACCAGAGCUAAAACUUCGUUAGGAAGUGAUAGGGAAGGAAUGCUUGAACGGUUAUCUGAUAUGAUGGAAAGGGAUCUGAUUCUUGUUGGUGCUACUGCUGUAGAGGAUAAACUGCAGAAAGGAGUUCCUCAGUGCAUAGACAAACUAGCACAAGCUGGUUUAAAGAUAUGGGUUCUGACUGGUGAUAAGAUGGAAACUGCCAUCAAUAUAGGAUUUGCUUGUAGUUUGCUUCGACAGGGGAUGAGGCAAAUCUGUAUAUCAGCAAACACAGAUGCAGCAGCUAAUGACACCAAUGAGGCUGUCAAAGAGAGUAUUUUGAUGCAAAUCACAAAUGCCUCUCAAAUGAUCAAACUUGAAAAAGACCCACUUGCCGCAUUUGCAUUGAUUAUUGAUGGAAAAACUCUGGCGUAUGCUUUGGAGAACGAUAUGAAGCACCAAUUUUUGGAGUUAGCUGUUGGCUGUGCAUCUGUUAUUUGCUGUCGUGUAUCUCCUAAGCAGAAGGCUCUGGUGACGAGGUUAGUAAAACAGGGGACUGGAAAAACCACAUUGGCAAUUGGGGAUGGUGCAAAUGAUGUUGGAAUGAUUCAGGAAGCUGACAUCGGUGUUGGAAUCAGUGGUGCAGAAGGAAUGCAGGCGGUGAUGGCUAGUGACUUUGCUAUUGCACAGUUCCGUUUUCUGGAGAGACUUCUUGUUGUACAUGGUCACUGGUGCUACAAACGAAUUGCUCAGAUGAUAUGCUAUUUUUUCUACAAGAAUAUCGCAUUUGGCCUCACACUCUUUUACUAUGAAGCGUUUACUGGCUUUUCUGGGCAGUCUGUCUAUGAUGAUCUGUAUAUGUUACUAUUCAAUGUGGUUCUCACAUCAUUGCCCGUUAUUUCACUUGGAGUCUUCGAGCAGGAUGUGUCUUCCGAAAUCUGCUUACAGUUUCCAGCACUUUAUCAGCAAGGACCCAAAAAUUUGUUCUUUGAUUGGAAUAGAAUAUUUGGGUGGAUGGGAAACGGUCUGUACACCUCCCUCAUUAUCUUCUUCCUCAACCUCAUUAUCUUCUACGAUCAAGCCUUCCGAGCCGGAGGACAGACUGCUGACCUGACUGCUGUCGGGACCGUUAUGUUCACUUGUGUCAUCUGGGCCGUCAACUGCCAGAUCGCGCUAACGAUGAGCUAUUUCACAUGGAUACAGCAUAUUCUUAUCUGGGGAAGCAUUGCCAUGUGGUACAUAUUUCUUCUAUUCUAUGGUGCAGUUUCGCCAAAUAUCUCCGGGAACGCCUAUCAAAUCCUUGUGGAGGCUCUCGCCCCUGCCCCGAUUUACUGGGUCACCACGCUUUUGGUAACAAUCACGUGUAAUCUCCCGUACCUCGCCCACAUAUCUUUCCAACGAGCUUUCAGCCCAAUGGAUCAUCACAUCAUUCAAGAAAUCAAGUACUGCAGGAAAGACAUCGAAGAUCAGCAUAUGUGGACAAGAGAAAGAUCAAAGGCAAGAGAGAAGACAAAGAUUGGGUUCACUGCAAGAGUAGAUGCAAAGAUUGGGCAGUUAAAAGCUAAAUUGCAGAAAAAGUACUCAUCUAUGGCUACAAGAACAGAAGUUUCACAAACAUAAUUCUGCAGUAAUUAUUUUGUUUGUUUGUUUGUUUGUUUUUUGGUUUUUUUUUUCCCUGCUGUAUAAAUUAGGGGUUUUGGGCCAUUUGCAAUGUUCUCUGUGGCCAUUUUUUUUAGUUAUUUUGUAAUAUUAUUUUGGCAGUAUAGUGGGCUGCAUCUAGGCCAUUGAUUACUUCAUAGAAAGGUUGUAUGUAGAGUACAAUUUUUAUACAAUUUUAUUACACAAAGAAAACCUAGGUAUAGUGUGUGUUUUCUGUUAGACUUUUUCAAGUUAAUGGCUUUCAAUUUUGCACUUUAA